AUGGCCCGCGGUAUCGUGAAUGCCGCCAAGUCGGCAUCCAAUGUCAUCUCUGUCAACCAGAAAUACACAGUCCAGUCCACCGGCAUCUGGGAGCGCAUCCGUCGCCUUCUCGCUAUUGACCCUGAACGUUCUACGGGUGUCCCUCUGAACUCUCAAUUCCGUUUCCCCACCCCGGGCUCAGUGCCCCCUCUUGCCUACGAUGACCCAGUCACCAUCCCCGCAGGCGAUAUCGCCGACAACCCAUACUGGAAGCGGGACGUCCGGAGGAGCUACCCCCAGCUGAGCACCGUGCGCCAGGCCGACGCUGUUAGUCUGCUCACAGUCGGAAGCAAGGCAGCCCCCAAGGACGACGUUCUCAAGAUCGGACAGGCUGGAGAGCAGCAGUUGAUUGCUGUCAAGGAGCAGGGCGAAGAACGCGGCCUCGCGGCUCUCUUUGAGCAAGAUAAGAAGAGCGUUCAGGGUGUUUUGGGUGCCAAUGGCUUGCCCCCCAACCCUGCCAACAUCAACACUGCCUCGAAGUCUUCACAAUCCAAGUACGAGCUUGGUACAGAGAACGGCUACCCCGAGAAAUAUACCUGCCGCACCUUUGUUUGA